GGUAUGACGCACUACGUGUCCGUAGUCGGCGCUACGCUGCUGUCCCACCGUUCGCCGGCACUGCGCGGCCUCCGUAGCUCCUACACCGUAACCGCAACACUUUCGCCCCCUCUGAACAGCUUUGCCGUACCAGCUGCCGCCCACAUUCAAAAAGCGUUGCCCCACUACGCCGAUGAGUCAUCGAGGAAACAUCUCGUCCACGCAGCAUUAUCGUGUUUUUUUUUCUCUUUCAUUUUUUUUUCGUUUUACUUUAAUAUUUUUUUUUAUUUUUUUAUCAUUUUUGGUUCCGGGAUUUUGUUCGCUCGCGGCAACAACGCACUAUCGCGAAAUUUUAUGACGUCCUUUUGUACUUUUCCGCCGAUAUCAUGUCUACUUCGUUUUUCUAUUCGAUCUCAUGAUCUCGCGCAAUCGAUUUCUUUAUUUAUUUAUCGACAAUUUAGUUACACAAUUAUUAUUUUCGAUCAAAUGACUCAUUCUGUUCAUCCGUUGACCCGCGCAAGUGCUUCAAUUUCACGUUGAAUGCUCGUAUUUAAUUAUAUUUGUAUUGUUGUUUACCCACGUAUAAUAUAAAUUUAAGUGAUAAACACGCAUAGAUAUUUAAGUAAUGUAUCGAUCCGAACAGUUUUUAUUUUUUUUAAUUUAUUCAUUUUGUGCAUAUGUGUUAUAAUUGAUUUCUUUAUUGACUACCUUUAAUUACGGACUCGUGCGACACAGAAUUCUUAUAAAUAUUAAUGUUUUGCUGGUGAUUUAUUUAAACAUUUGUUAUUGCAAAAUAUGGUAUUGUGAUAACACGAUCGUUAAACGUUAUCAAUCGACAAAAAAACUCCACCAAUUUGCCAGCUGAACUUAACAAAGCUAUCCAUCAACAAUGUUUUCAAACCGACAACAACAAAACUCUUCAAAUUUGUUAAACCAAACAAUCUCAUCGUCCAGUUCAAUUGUGUUACCUCCUCCACCUCCAGCAAUAAUUAUUACAUCAAAUGUGACAAAUAGUCAUAAUAGUUCUGCUGUCACAUCCGUUGCUACCUCUAUCUUAGCUCUGGAUGGUCUUAAUUGUGAUGGCAUACCUACCCGAACAACACCCACUUUGACGCCAACAACAUUACGUAAUAUUGCUGCGGAUAUUGCUAGCAUGUCACCUGGUACAUCCGAAGAUUUUGCUGCUUCAGCAGCAUCAGACUUGCAUCAUCUUGUGUCAUCUUCAUGUACUAAUAUUAAUGUGCCAUCAUCAAUAGCUGCUGAUCAUUUAGGUUCUGAAGGUCGACAUAAUCUACAGAAGUUGAGCAACCAACAUUUAAAUCUUCAAAAUCUAAAUAAUCAACAUAUAAGCCUUAGUAAUUUACAAAACUCCCAACACCUUAAUCAAAAUAGUUUAAAUCAACAACAGCAGAAUGAUUAUAAUAAUUCUUUUUCGACCGUUACAUCUAGACAGGCAGGUUUUGUGCCACCUCUUGUAUUGCAAAUCAAUGCUAAUGCUCCACAACCAUCGGGUUCCACAGUUUUAUUAAACAGUAACACUAACUCUGGAUCGAGUUCAAUAUUUAGUGUGAAAGGCUCAUCUACUUCUGCUUCAUCUUCACAUUGGCAAGGAGUAGUUGUUACUCAAACACCACAGCGCCAAUCACGUAGCGUCAAUAGACGACGAUUCACUGAUGAUGAAAAUGGUGAAGAUGAUUAUGAUUCUGUAUCUGAUGACGGGACUGACAGCAGUGAUACAACUACUGGAAAAAACAUAAGCAAACAAGAAAUUAAAAAUAUUGUAACAAGAACUAUAAUUAAGAAUGAAUUCAAAAAUGUAGGGAACAGUUCUGGUAGUGGUCGUCGUAAUAAAGACAACAAAAUAAUGUCUGCUGAAGAAGAACACCGCCGGCAGAUCCGAAGAGAGCGUAAUAAGUUGGCAGCAGCUCGUUGUCGUAAACGCAGGAUGGAUCAUACAAAUGAACUUUUAGAGGAAACUGAACAGUUGGAAGAUAAAAGAUUGAGGUUACAAGUUGAGAUUCAAGGCCUUCGUCAACAAAAGACUAACCUUCAACAAAUGUUAGCCCAGCAUAAGUGCGCUGUAAGUAUGAAUAACGGGCAUGUAUCAAAUUCAGUCUCUACUGUAAGCCAAGCAAUUGCAACAUUAGAUUCAAUUUCUGAAUCUGAUACCACUGUAUUAAGUAAUAAUUUGUCAACGACUAAAAGAAAUCCUCUACAUCAGCAAAAUAUAAGUACAAAUGUGAACAGUGAUAAUGAUAGUAAUAAUGUUGGAGAUAUUUUAAUAAAAUGUGAAGAACCAUCACUAGUAAUUACUGAUGAUGACAAUAAAGAUAACAUACCCCUUACAGUAUUGCAACAACCUCAAAGAAGACGACCUACAACUUUAUUGCAAUUAAACAAUGUUAACUUCGGUAAUAAUAAAAAAAUGUCUGAAAAUGGUUCUACUGGUGUGGUAGUAUUAAAUUUUGAUUCGCUUAUGGAUGGUGGCACAGGGUUAACACCUGUGUCAACUAGUGUUGGAAGUGUACAGAAUCACCAUCAACAUGUUCAACAUAACACAGGAAGUGAUGUAAAUACUGCCAAUAAUAGUGUUUUAUCCUAAAAAGAUGUCAUCAACCAAAUAAAAUAGCCAACUAGACUAAAAUAAGUUGGUUAAUAAAAUACUAUGAGAGUUGGGCAACUUUCCAAUAAAGUGUUUAAAUACUAAAUGCUUUUACCCUAUCAAAAUUAAAUGAAAAUCCAAAAGCCAGUAUUUUAUAUGAAAAUAUAUAUUUAGUAAAGAAAGAAUGCUUUUGGUGGAGGUUUGUUUAUCAAGUAACAAUGGAAAUAUUUUUUCUAGUCAUGUGUGGUUAAUAUAAAUAAUUUAAGUUC